AAAAAUGUGGACCCAUUUUCAAGUCUUUGGUAUCAUUUACUAUUUUCUUUUUCAAACUUACUGUAAGCUUAAUCUGUCUUCUAACAUGAAAUAGAAUAAAACUAUUGUAUGGCUAGGGCUGCCACUGUACCACCUUGUGUCACUGCAGUGAUGGCUUGCUAAGGAUUCAUUUUCUACUGCAUGUAGUGUUUUGUAUGUCAGGCAAAAGUUCGCUUUUGGUCUCUUCCGACUGGGACAGCUGUUCCCAUUUAACUGUGACUGCUAAAUGACUUGUUGAAAACCAAUUGAUGGAAGAUCAUUUGACUCUAAAAAGUGUGGGUAUUAAUCAUGUUUUUUUUUUUUUUUUUUUUUUUAAUAAAGGCCUAUUUGUAGCAUACAUCAUAAUAGAGUGCGCAGGCACUCUGAGUUGAGUUGCACAAAUGACAAUUUAUUUCCAUUUUAAAUUGGAAAUAUGAGUGUUUUACAUACAUAGAUAUACGUAUAUAGUCAAAUAACUGUGAGAAUGGACCCUAACUCUGCUUUGAACUUCUUGGAAACUGUAUUCCUAGCCUGUAUGCUUUUUUCCUUGGUCUGCAUGAGAGUGUUUUUUUCACACACCUCUUCACCGCCUUCACAGAAUAUUUGGAUUUAUACUGAUAACGAUUAUUUGCACACAUGUAGUCUUUUUAGUAGUUAAGUGACCUAUGAAGGCAGUGUGUCACACCAACAUUAAGUCCAAAUCAGUAAAAUACUGGAAAAGUUAGAGGAACAAAUAGAAACUGCUUCCUCAAAACACCAUAACCUUGGAGUCCAAAUCUACAUCUGCUAGCCUGCGUGUAUUGCUCCGCCUCAUUCAUUGAAUUUCUCAUGGUAUGUUUCCAGGAAAAAGAUCCAGAGUUGCAGUUUACAUAAGAAAGUUGGUGAAAGAUAUAAAUAUGUCAGAAGUUUGCUGCAAACUCUGAAGACACUGACACAAUGAAGUUUGUGGUGCUUGCUUUGCUUGUAGCUGGUGCCUACGGGUGUGGCGAUCCAACCUUCCGGCCGGUGGUGAGCCGAGUGGUUAAUGGAGAGGAUGUGAGGCCUCACAGCUGGCCAUGGCAGAUCUCCUUGCAGUACAACAAUAACGGCGAAUGGAGACACACUUGCGGAGGUACCCUCAUUUCUAACCAGUGGGUUCUAACUGCUGCUCAUUGUAUCAGCUCAAGCAGGCAGUACAGAGUGGCCCUGGGAAAGCACAACCUGAUUGAGGAGGAAAAUGGCUCUGCAUUCCUUGGUACUGCCAACAUCAUUGUGCAUGAGAACUGGAACUCUUUCUUCAUUCGUAAUGACAUUGCCCUGAUCAAACUCGAAGCACCUGUUGAAUUAUCUGACACCAUCAAACCUGCUUGUCUUCCCGCUGAUGGCUUUAUCCUCCCACAUAAUGCACCUUGUUAUGUGACUGGAUGGGGUCGUCUUUACACUGGAGGUCCCAUUGCUGACAUCCUGCAGCAGGCUCUGCUGCCUGUUGUGGACCACGCUACCUGCAGCCAGUCCGACUGGUGGGGCUCUCAGGUGACGGAGAACAUGGUCUGCGCUGGUGGAGACGGAAUUGUCUCAGGAUGUAAUGGAGACUCUGGUGGCCCUCUGAACUGUGUGGGCUCUGAUGGAGCCUGGGAGGUUCAUGGUAUUGUUAGCUUUGGCUCUGGACUGAGCUGCAACUACCACAAGAAGCCAACUGUCUUUACUCAAGUCAGCUCUUACCUGGACUGGAUCAACAAUAAAAUGGUGGCCUACUAAUAGAGCACAUUAAAGGACUAAAGGUGUCACUCUUGUCAUUCUUAAAUUUAGAGUCUAAAUGAAAUAAAAUCUUUUCUUAUACUUGA